AUGGACAUGAUGUGCUACCCGCUCUGUUAUGACUUUAUGCAAAUGGAAGUUUCUAUUGAAGAUGAAAGCCUUGUUGUUUCAUGGGAGUUUGAUGCAAACUUUAAAGCGGCGCCCAAUGUUGUGAAGUUGAAUAAAGUGGAGUUUGUAUUCGAUCGACCCAAAAAUCCACACAUUUUGUUGACGGAGCUACCAGAGGUGAAUUCAUUUGAUGAGUUGGUGCAACAAAAUAUUAUCAAAGCUAUUCAUCAAGAGCUUGCGAACGACUUUGCUGUAGGUGUCGAUGAAAGUUUGUUGAAAGAUUCGACCAACACCUUUGAGAUUGCCAAUGUAAAAGAUAUCUUGUGCUCUAAGAUAUCUUGGAUGGUCUCUGUAAGCAUAAGCUCUGAAACAAAAAGCCAGUUUGAAUCUAUUUUAUCAGUACAUUUACCUGAAUCGAAAUUAGUUGAUCAGUUUCAAAGACACAAAAGAAAACUAAGAAUUUCGUUGACUGAUCGAUGUAAUUUUAAAUGCAGUUAUUGUAUGCCUGAUCAUCCGACCUGGUUAGCUAAACAGGAUAUUUUAAGUUUUGAAGAACUUUAUAGAUUUUGCGAAGUGAUGAUUAAGCUUGGCAUCACUCAAAUUCGCUUAACGGGUGGCGAGCCGUUGAUGCGAAAAGGGCUGGUUAAUUUUAUUUAUACGCUCAAUACGUUAAGACCCUUAGGUUUACAACGUGUCUCAAUGACGACGAAUGCUUAUUAUUUAGAAAAAUAUGCAGUUGAGCUAAAACAAGCUGGGCUUGAUGAUCUAAAUAUAAGUUUAGACAGUAUUGAUCCAGACACUUUUUUUAAAAUGACUCAAAAACCCUUAACACCCGUAUUAAAAGGAAUUGAGGCGGCAAAAGCUGCAAAUAUCCCAAUUAAACUCAACUGUGUUUUGGUCUAUGGAGAGAAUCAUCAGGAAAUAUUGCCAUUAACUGAGUGGGCUUAUCGAAAUGACUUCGAACUACGAUUUAUUGAAUACAUGCCAUUGGAUCAACCUGAGCAUUGGAAGCGUGAGAAAGUCGUGGUUGAGGAUGACAUUAUCAAUAUACUUUCGCCAUAUUUUCGCAUCGAUAAAUUAGAGCGAAAUAAUGACCCAGCCACAAUAUAUACACUCAAUCAACGUUUUAAACUGGGUAUUAUUUCCACCAUCAGCAAGCCUUUUUGUCAAAGUUGUGAUCGUUUGCGUUUAACCGCGACGGGUAUUUCUGUUCGACAUUUAUUGGAUAAAGCUCAGGGAAAACAAUUGAUAGCAACAAUUUUGGAUACGGUUUGGCAAAAAAAGGCAGGCUAUAUUGCUUAUCAAGCUGCACCCAUUCGUAAGAUUAGGUUUUUUAUGAAAAAUGUAGGCAUGAAGCCUGAGAGUUAUCGUAUUGCUACUGCAAGUUCAGAGUUAUUCGCGCCUCCGCAUUGUUUACAAUUAUUAGCAGAGGGCAAUACUGAAAAAGGCGAUGCACUAAAAACAGCACGAAUCGCAGGGAUUCUUGCAGCCAAACGUACCGAUGAGCUUAUUCCGCUUUGUCAUCCUUUACCUAUUUAUCGAGCUGAUGUCGAUUUUGAAAUACUAGCAGAUCGCGUCAAGAUUACGGCAACCGUAGAAACGAUUGCGCCAACUGGUGUUGAAAUGGAGGCUUUAACUGCCGCAAGUCUGGCUGCGCUUACGAUUUAUGACAUGUUGAAACCGCAUUGUGAACCAGAUGAACUGAUGAUUGGUCAUUGCAAACUUGAAUUGAAAAAGGGCGGGAAAUCGCACUAUAAACGUCAUCUUCGACAAGCUGUAUCAGCUGCAGUCAUUGUUUUAUCAGAUAGUGUCGCUUCUGGCAAAAAACCUGAUACUGCGGGACGUUCUGUGGUUGAAACCUUAACUGAGGCUGGAUUUGAUCCAAUUCACUAUCAAAUCAUCGCUGAUGAGCCUUUGCAACUAAAACAAUUGAUUUCAGAAUUGGUGCAAUCUUAUGGAUGCAUCAUUACAGUGGGUGGGACAGGCAUAGGUAAGCGCGAUAUUACUGUUGAUACGAUAGAACCAUUAUUGGAAAGAGAGCUGAAUGGUCUGAUGGAAGCGGCACGUGCUUUUGGGCAAAGACGGACACCUUAUGCUGCAAUGUCUCGUGGUGUUGCUGGUUUUAUUGACCGUUCACUGGUCAUUACGUUACCAGGAAGCCGUGGUGGUGCUUCUGAAUCUAUGGCAGCGAUUUUACCUGCCUUGGUGCAUAUCUUUGAUGUAUGUCGAGACUUACCACACCCAGGAGGUUUAGAUCAAGCAUUGGCAGCUUAUUCUACGGUUGAAUCGCGAGCGGUUCAGACUCUGCCACUGGUAGAAGCACAUCAACAUUAUCUGGCACAAGAUGUCCUGUCUGAGAUUGCAUUACCUCUAUUUACUCAGAGUGCAGUAGAUGGCUAUGCCUUAAAAAGCGAAGAUAUUCUUGCCGGUAUUACCGUGUUUGAAUUGGUUGGAGAAAUACGCGCAGGCGGUAAAUUGCCAGAUUCGGCUGAUACAGUUGCCAGACAAGAAAUAGUAUCUAAACUAGAUAGCCGAAUCAGCUUAAAUCAAGCGCUUAACAAAGGGACAGAUAUUCGUUAUCAAGGCGAAGAAUUAUCCAUUGGUACAAUAUUGGCAAAGCAGGGCCAAUAUCUAAAAAGUGGCUUAGUUGCAUCACUAAGGGAUGAAGUCAGCAAAAGUCUUGAUAAUAGCGCUCAGGUUUUUGAUGCGAAUUCACCAAUGGUUUUGACAUGGUUGAAGGAAAGAGAAGCCAAACCAGAAUGGGAGAAGGCAAGCUUAAGCGAAGCUGUAAAGGGUGAUAGUCGAGAACAACUGUUGCGUAUGAAACUGAAUGUUGAUGAGCAAGGGCAACUUAGUGUUUCAAAACUCAAAAAACAGCAAUCGCAUAUGCUAAGUAAUUUAAGUGAAGCGAAUGUCAUUGGUCGAAUUCCAGUGUUUAACAAUGCUGAAAAUUGCCCCAAAUUCAUUGAGUUCAUUCGUCUUUAG